AUGUCAUACUAUUUCAAAAACAUCAAACCAGGCUAUCAGUCUGACGAAGACUUAGAAGAUGAUGAGCUGCUGAGCACGCUCUCUAAAAGACAUGUUCGGGACGAUGAAGAAGAGGAACACGACAGCGAUGACGGGCUCUCAACCCUUUCUUUUGAUGCCUUGAGAAAAGCAGAAGCUCAGAUAGAGCAGGAGACGCGAAGUGCUCAACGAAACAAAAACGGUGCAGGAGGAUCAAAGCUGCCUAGCUCGAGAGAUCGUCAGGAAAAAGAACCAACGUCGCUAAAAACAUUCACAGAGGAGUCCUUUGACGACGCUUCAGAAGCCUCUUCUGACGAGGAGGGCCUUUUCGAAGAGGAGGAAGAUGGUAGAAGCUCUAGUCGAUCCCAAGGCGAUCGCAAAACAAGAAAGAAGAAAAGCCAUGCACCUACAGAGCAGUCAGCCAAGAAGAGAGCCCCAAAGUUUAGAAAGAUACCAGGCCUUGAAACUCCUAAAAGUCAAAAUGAGAACUUGUAUCAAGAUAUUCGCUUUGACAAGUCACUGGGUAAAUCGGAGGACUACGAAAGUAUACGCAAGAGGUACAAAUUCCUCGACGAAUACAGGCAGAAAGAGAUUGAAGAACUCAGCUCACUAUUAAAGGAUCGCAAAUUUUUGAAUAAGAUCAGCGAUGGCGAGAGAGACGAUAUGGAGCAAAGGCUCAUGAGUAUGAAGUCGAAACUCCAAACGCUACAAAACCGCGACCUGGACCGAAAAAUCUUAAAGGAUUACGAGUCAAACAUGAACAAGGGCAACAAGACCAAGUUUCAUCUAAAAAAGUCCGAGCAGCGUAAAGUGAUCCAGAAAUACAAAUUUGACCACAUGAAGGCGAAGCAGAGAGAAAAGGUGAUGGACAGGAAGCGUAAGAAGAGACGGGGUAAAGAAUUCAAGCAAUUUUCGUUCCACGAUCGCUAA